UCUCCAAGUCCUCCGGGGCGAAGGCACCAACAAAACCCCCGGCCGGGGGCGCGGCUGCAGGAUGGGACGGCCAGCGGCGAGCAGGGAAAAGCAGGAGGACAGUGGCGGGCCGCGCGCUACCUCGGAGCUUCGCUGGAGAAGAAAACCGAUAGGCGCCGGAGGUUCCGCAAGAAGGAUGACCCCCGGAACCGCGCGCGCCUCGGAGCAUUUGCCGACGCAGACCGGCGGAAUGUAUGCCGCCGCAGACUGCGAAACGGCGGGGCGCGCGGCUUGGUUGCUGUUCCUUUCGAGGGGGCCGGGCCCCUUCGGUGUUUUUUGGUCGGUGGGCCCUCUGGUCUGCAGGCCCCGGUCGGGCCCGGGCGGGGUGGUUUCACAGCCCCGCCGGGCCUCUUUCGUGGCCCCCGCCCCUCCCGGCUGGGCUUUGUGGUUGCGGGCGAAGAAGGCCCGGGCCCCUCAUUGGGGCGUAUUUUUGGAGCGAGGCGCGCGCGGCGUAUUUGCCCGUCGGCCCGGGCGCGCCCGUUGUGGGGUGUUUGCCCUACCAGCCGCGCCCCUGUUCGCGGGCCUUUGCUUGGCAACCUUCGUGCGGCCGGCCGACUACGUUUUCGCAUGUUGCCGGCUGUGUAUCAUGUGAGGCCGAGUGACG